AUGGCACUGGAAGAUGAGCCCCUCAGGUCAGAAGGUGCCUACCACAUUACUGAGGAAGAGCGGAGGGUGAGUACAAUUAGCACCAGAUCUAAUGAAGUAGUUGGGCCAAAGCCGAGAGGACACCCAACUGUGGAUGUGUUUGGAGGGGAAAGGAAAGUCAGCUGCUGCAAAGACCAAUUUAACAUAGGAACUUGGAAUGUUAUAACUAUGAACCAAGGCAAAUUGGAUGUGAUCAAACAUGAGAUGACAAUGUUAAACAUCGAUGUCCUGGGAAUUAGUGAACUCAAAUGGACUGGAAUGGGACAUUUCACAUCAGACAACUAUCACAUCUUCUACUGUGGACAAGAAUCCCGCAGAAGAUAUGGAGUAGCCAUCAUAGUAAAUCAUCGGGUGGGCAAAGCAGUGCUCGACUACAACCCAAUAAAUGACAGAAUGAUUUCAAUUCGAAUUGAAGGCAAGCCAUUUAACAUCACAGUGAUCCAAGUUUAUGCUCCAACCAUGGAUGCUGAAGAGGCUGAAAUUGUUCACUUCUAUGAAGAAAUUUAA